UCACGUAUCCUGUUCGUACACCCAACCUCUCAAAAUUCCCCGUAUAACCAUUUCACGCGCAGAACAUCCUCUUACUCCCUUGGUCCUACGUCGUCUGUCGCAUCAUCCGCUUCCAACAUGUCCUGCUUCGGUGGUCGCGACGAGCAAAUCUACAUGGUCGAAAUGCUGAUCCAUAGGUUGACGUUGACAAAGAACAAGAUCAAAGACAUCGGCGAAUACCCAAUCGCUGUGAAGAUCAAGUUGCUAGACUUUCCAGUAUUCGAGAUCACGCGGGAGGACUUCUACUCGGUGAAAUUGCCACCUCCUACCGAGGAUGGCACCUUUUAUUUCAUGAUAGGUAGAAGUUGUCUGUUCGUGAAACAACCGAAGGAACUAGUCAGAGAAUUGCAAUCCACGAUGAUAAAGGUCGGAGUAUUUCGCGUCGGGGAUACGUAUCCCAUCGCCGAAACCGAGAUAACGUUACCUGGCUGUCUGUGUGAUCAAGUAGCAAUGGCACAAAAUGACCCUGAGAAUCUGCCAAAGCCAUUUAUGGUAAAAGGUAGCUUCAAUCUGCAAGAUCCUGGCGAGAAUCCAUCGGGAACGUUGGAAAUGGAAAUGCGACUGUUGUGCUUCGGUCGAUCGAUCAUGACACACUACGAGAUGCAUCCUAAGUUCUUCGCCUUCAAGAAUAAAGAUAAGGAAAGGGAGUUCUGUGUCAGACGCUUGGUGCCACCUAGUUACACGGAUGGCGUUGCUAAAGACAUAUCGGAGUACCCGGACAGAACGACACUGGACGAGCUGAAAGGAAAAGUAAAAGAAAAAUUACCGGGAAAGAAAGGGAAAAAGGGCAAAGGACGGAAGGGUAAAGGGGGUAAGAAGAAGGGCAAAAAGUGACGCGAUUUCUAAGGA